AUGAUUGUUGCCAAGAAGCGCAGUUUUUUAAUGAAAUUGUUGAAAUUCGUCGGACGUGGAAGUGAGUUUAUUCAAUUUAAAAUGCAAUUUCAUUUAAAUGUUUCUCUUUUUGCAGAUCAAGUUCAAUCUUCCAAAUAUUGUUUGGCUCAAAUUUACGAGCAACGAAAAAAGCAAAGACAACGGUAAGUUAAUUUUUUUCCAAAAUUAUUGUCAUUUCCAAGUUUCUAUAUUUUUCAGAAGCUCAAUCAAUUCACAAUUCUCAAUUGAACCAAUGCCAACAAUUCUUGAAGAAGAUGAAUAUUCGUGCACCGCAUGA